AUGGUUAAACACUCGAAGAAACCCACGAAACCAAAAUCACGUUCAAAAAUGACACGUGCGAACAAGAAACCAGAGCUUGGUAAAAUAUCCAAACAAGAAAAAAAAUUUCAUAAAAAAGUUAAAAAUACUGUUCCAUUGAAAAAGAAUCCUUCGAUGUAUCAAAAGAAUAAACCAGUACCAAAACAAAAACAAAAACCAAAAAGAGAAUCACAAAUCUCAAAAAUGGAUACGGAUAUGAUCGAUGAUGAAGUUGAUGACGAAUUUAUUUUACCAUUAGAUAUGCUUUCUGAUGAAGAAAAUGAACAAGUUCAUAUUCAUACAGAUGAUGAAGAUGAUAAUCAACACAAUAUGGAAACCUAUGAACGUUUACCACGUUCAUCAUUUAAUGAAAAAAAUAGACAACGACCAUUGUUACCAAUAAAAACUGAUCGUGGUCAAUUAGUUGCUCAAUCAACACCAAUAAUCGAACAAGAAAUUCAAGAAGAAUCUGAUGAAGAUGAAACAGAUUCAUCUCCUACUUCAUCUGGAGUACCACCACCACCAGCGAAACCUGUUUCAAUUAUUGAAUUAAUUGCUGAACGUGAUAAAAAACUUAAUGAAACUAAACAAACAAUUGUAACACUUUGUGAUAUAAUUAUGAAAAGUCCUUAUGAAGAAAUAUCAAAUUUAAAACAAUUACGUUUAUUACUUAAUCUUGGUGAUCCAUUGAUAUCAAUGACAAUAAGAAAAUUAACAAUGCUUUCAUUAGUAGAAUUAUUUCGUGAUAUUGUACCUGGUUAUCGUAUACGUUCAUUAAAAGAACAAACAAAAGAUGAAAAUGAAGAAAUAAAAAAUGUUAAACAUAAAAAAUAUUCAAAUAAAGAAAAUUUAUCAAAAGAUGUUAAAGUCAUACGACAUUUUGAACAAACUUUACUUAAACAUUAUCAACAUUUUCUUCAUUUUCUUGAACAAUGUGCAAAAAAAAAUCUUCCUGAUAAUCAUUUAACAAAAAGUAAACAGAAACAUCUGAAAAAAAUGGAAUCAUCAAAACUCAAUCUUGGUCAUUUAGCUAUUCAAUGUUUAUGUAAAUUAUUAACUUAUUUACAUCAUUUUAAUUUUCGAACUAAUCUACUUAAUGUUAUUGUGCAAUUUAUGGCUAGUAGUGAUGUAAGUGUACGAGAACAAUGUUGUACUUGUAUUUCCGAUCUUAUUCGUAAUGAUCGUACAGGUGACAUAUCACUUGAAGUUGUUCGUUUUGUAACACGUUUAUUGAAGACGCGUUCAUAUGCUGUUGAACCAUGUGUACUUGAUGUAUUUAUUUCACUUAAUAUUCGUGAAAUAUCUCCAAUUGAGGAAAAAAAACUUGAAAAAUCAACUCGGCCAGAUUAUCGUGCACAAAAAUUAUCACGUCGUGAUCGUCGUCAACAUAAAGAAAAACAAGAAUUAAAUAAAGCACUUGAAGGUAAAACAUUAGCUAAUCGUCAAGAACAACGUUUGAAAAUAAAUCGUCAAAUAAUUGAAUUAAUAUUUUUAAAUUAUUUUCGUUUAUUAAAACGUCGUCUUAAUUUACGUUUAAUGCCAAGUGUAUGUGAAGGUUUAGCAAAAUUUUCCAAUUUAAUUAAUAUUGAAUAUAUGGAUGAUUUAAUAACAUGUUUCUAUGAAGAAUUAUCAUCAGAUCAAACUGGUUUAACACAACGUGCAAAAUUUCAUUGUUUAAUAACAGUUUUUUCAAUAUUAAAUCGUCAACAAGUAUUAAUACAUAUUGAUCCACAAAGAUUUUAUGCAUUAUUUUAUUCAUUACUUGUACCAUGUCCAUCUAAUGAUGAUAUUGAUCUUGUUAUUAAACUUAUACAAUUAAUGUUAAUUGAUCGUUAUAAACAAUUAUCAAAAAAUAAAUUAUUAGCUUUUAUAAAACGUUUAUUAACAAUGACAUUAGAGUUACAAGUUUAUAAAUCAAUAAGUGCGAUUUUAGUUAUGAUUAAAGCAUUAUUAUCAAUUUCAUCAAUGGUAACUGAACAAUUAUUUGAUAAUGAAUAUUCCGGUUCGGGAAUAAAAUAUUUAAUCGAAUUAAAUGAUCCAGAAUAUUGUCAUUCACAAAAUGCAACAUUAUAUGAAUUAAUUCUAUUAAAAACUACAGCAAAUAAACCUGUUCGACAACAAUGUGAUGAAAUUUUAAGUGGAAAAUUUCAAUCCGAUACACAUGUUUUACGAUCAUGUCAAGAGAAUGCUUUAGCAUUUCUUCAAUUGACAAAUAAUAAUGAACAACAAGAAAAAUAG